GAAGGAAGUGCAGUUACACUGAGGAAGGAUCAAAACAACGAAAGUGGGUUGCUGUUUUUAGACGAAUUCAGGUGCAUAGCGAAGGCGAAAGGCUUCGAGAAGCCUGGGAUUUCUCUUCAAGUUCUGAUACAAAAGCUGGGAUGAAGAAUUGUCUAUCCAGUUUCAGUUUAUUUAAUGGCAGGUAUUGGAAAUUUCACAGUAAAAAGGAAGACAUUUCUAUCAGACAUAUAAGUGCCAUAAGCCCUCGACAAAGAUCUUUACAUCAUCAUUAAGUUAAUUGUGCAAUAUUGAAUUUAAAGUUUGUGAUUGAAAUUGGUUACUUUGGUAUUGAAUUGAGGGAGCGCUAGAUACAACAAACUGUUUUUACGCGUGCGAGCUGAGGAUCUCCACGGCCAGUUAUCUUUGUGGUCGGAGGUAUUUUCAAUUCAAGGCAAGCAUUGUUAUUGCACGAAAGGUUUCCAGCUGGGUACAGUAGGCCUGAAAAGUUUGUGCGUUCGCUGUUUUUUGAACGACACAUUUGACCGAGUUUAUUUGAUGUGGGCCAGUGCAUAGUUAAUUGUUAGGUUAGUUAAAUUCGUACGACCAUUGUUGAAUAUCUAAGUAAUGUGUACAAAGCAAGACCGAGGAUUGCGAAGAAGACAAGUGUAAUUUUGUUUAUUAUAAUUGGCGACCUGACCUGGUGGUGACAGAUUGUAGACUUUUACGGUAGUCUUUAAGCCUAGGGGCUAAAUAGGGGAUGAGUUUAUGCACUUUAAACACUUCAUUUUUUUACAUGCAAAAUAUUAACUGUCAAGAUGAAACUCCUGGAAAAUUCAAGUUUUGAAGCAAUAAACACCAGACUCACCAUUGAAACGGGGGACUGUCAGAUAAUAGGAAGGAUCGAGAGCUACUCUUGCAAGAUGGCAGGCGAGGACAAGCAGAUGUUCAAGCAGUUCUGUCAGGAGGGACUGCCUCAUGUCCUGGAAGCCCUGUCCCCUCCACAGUCCUCAGGAAUAAGCCCCAACAAGUUGAGCCAGAGUCAGAGUGGAGACGAGGGGGAAGGGCCUCUCUCUGACAAGUGCAGCAGGAAGACCCUCUUUUACCUGAUCGCCACCCUCAACGAAUCCUUCCGCCCCGACUAUGACUUCAGCCGCACCAAGAGCCACGACUUUAGCAGAGAGCCCAGCGUUAACUGGGUGUUCAACGCGGUGAACAGUAGUCUGUCGGCGGCGGCCCGGGAGGAGUAUAGUCUGCUUCAGCCCCAGCUGUGGGAGGCCAUUGACGCUGAGAUCUGCCUGUCAGAGUGUGACAUCUACAGCUACAACCCAGACCUGGACUCUGACCCGUACGGAGAGGAGGGCAACAUGUGGUCCUUCAACUACUUCUUCUACAACACAAGGCUGAAGAGGAUAGUCUUCUUCACAUGCCGCUCGGUCAGUUUAUUCAUGGCCCCACGGGACUCUGGCAUUGGCAACGAACUAGAUCUGGAGCUGGAUGAAGAUUGUUAUGAGAACAUGGAUGAAGAUGGCCGGUAUGGUGCCCUGUGUGCCCAGUGAAGCGCCAGUCCCAGUCUCAUACAGGACCAAACAGUAUACUGGGAUGUCUGUCUGUACCCACAUCACCACCAUUUAUUUUACAACUCAUCUUAAACUCAUAAUUUUUCGUGUUGAGAAUUUGCUUCAGUUUUUUCUUGUACUUUGUGUGGUGAACCUCACUGUAUUUUACUGCAGAAGUCAGACUGUGAGCUUGGAGAUCUGUUACUCAUGAUCAGAUGUGGAUUAUUCCCAUUUAUUUGUGUAUCAUUUUAAUUUUCCAUCGCUACAUUCUCCUUACCUUGUUUAUCAGAAGCAAAAGCUUUGUUUGGCGUGUUUGACCUGGUAUUGGAGCAUGUUCUGGCACUCAUUAAUUUGCAACAUAUUUCACAUUCUCUAUGCUGGUUUUGCUAAUGCAUUAAUUAAGCAAAAGUUUUAGAUUUUUAUUAUCAUGUUUUGUUUUUCAAGCUUUACCAUUCCAAAGUGUGAGCUGUUCUCAUACCAAAUGGGUUCUCAAUGUUUAGGUAUAGGACCAUUCUCAGACUACAUACUUGAGGGCAUGUUUGAACUUUGAACACCAGGGGGCAGCCUCAAUUUAGCUGUCCUCCACUGUAGCUACAUCCAUAAAACUGCUGUUUGCUGAUGGCCAAACCAAUACUGUCACUUCAAUCUCAGCUGAUGGAAAAGUCACAUACCAGCUUGAAUCAGUCUGCCUCUUGGGGAUGUUCUGCCUUCCAUACCAAUGCUACUCAAACCUACAAUUGUUUAUUUAUUUUUAUUUAGCGACAAGUGCAGUCUAUAGUUUUAUGGGUCAAGCCAGCAAAUACUAUUCUGCUGCAUCUCUGUUCCAAAAGCACUCCAGAAUCUAAUCUUGAUUCUCAAUUCCAUGAUGUGUUUUAAGGACUUGUGUGACACGUGAAUUCUCACAUAUUAUACAAACUCUGCUUGUAGAGUAUACUGUUUGAAUUUACAUAUCUUGUAUUUUAAUAUAACUUAAAAAGCUGUUUUUAGGUAUUGCUUUAGUUGAAGCAGUUUUUAGUGUGAUUAUCUGAAGAGUUUUAUGAAAACAGAAGUCUAGUUACAGAGCAGUUUCCCUUUAGUCUGACUGUUGCGCUCCCCCGUGUGUGGCAUUUUGAAAUGUCAUUUUAGACUUAUAGUUUCAAGACAAAUCUAGAGUGAUAAUUUCCACUGCAAAAACUCCCUGUAGAGAUCAGUGAUGCCUAUGGUCCAACUUUCCUUAUCAAAUUAAGCAUGAUGGAAAUGUACUGAAUAUACAAUAAUGCAUUUGUGACUAAUGGGUGGACUGAAGGGCAAAGCUACCUAUUUAGGCCCAGUAGUGAGUGAUUGGUUAGCUGUAUUUCAACGGUCACAUCUCCUGUAUCAGUAUUUUGGUUGUCCUAUUGACUACCAGCUGGACAGUGUUACUGCAUACGUCUUGCUCUUGCCCGUUUUGUGUAAGUAAAAUGUGAAAUAGACUCAUCCUUUGGACAUUAAGUACAACAUGGUAGAAAGAUACAGUGGGUAUUGUAAAGUUGCAUGUAUAUCUAUCUGCUUCUAGUGUAGAACAUGCUCUCUAGAGAUGUUGAAAUCACAAACCAAUUUUGACUUCCUGAAUUUGAUUUCAAAUGUCAACGUCCAAAGUGAUCAGCAUAUUGACUUUUGACAAACAUACUUUGCGCAGGUAGACAUGGCUACAGUACAAAUUUCCUUGUUGAUUAUCUUUGUCUACUGAACAGCUGUUUUAGACAACACUGUUGAUUUGUUGUGUUCAAUGUGGCCCAUGUGUGAAAACAAGGUGGUUGUCAUGGCAAGGACAUGCAGGCUUAUUAUCUCAGACUUCCUGACAAUAUGGUCCAAUUAAAUACUAAGAAGCAAGGUAAUAUUGUUGCGGAAGUAGGCUAACUCGUGCAUCAGAACCACAUUUAUUUUAGUCUCGUGUUAAUGACUAGGAUAUAUUAUCUGUGAAACAGUUUUAAUUUCCCAAUCGCAAGGUUGACCUAUUAAUUGUAUACCUCACAGAAUAGUUUCAUUUUGUCUUUCUGGCAGCUUACAAGACCUCAUAAUUGUGGUUUUAUUUCACAAAACUUGUAUCCAUUUGAUUUGUCACCAACUCACCAUGUACAAUAAAGGUCUUGACUAAAA